AAUGCUAUUUAGGUAGGAUUUUAUUCCAUAAAGAAUGCAUCAUCCCUCUCCAUAGAAACGUUGAAAUUGGCCCUGUCAUUUCAAAGCAUCUUAAGAUGAGCUCUUGUCAUCCUUUCAAGAACCUGACAACAAUUUUGCAAAGUCCCUGUUAUUAUCCAUUAAAGGGUACUGCAUUACCAAACCUGAAAUGAUCUUCAAGUUGGAGCAAGAAGCAGAACAAUGGACAAUAGACUCCCAAAACCAGAGUCUACAAUAUGUUCAGAUAGUCGAAGCUCUAAUUACAAAAAGCCAAGAACGUCAUAAUACACAUUUGCAGGAUGUUGUAAUUACCAACAGCAAUACAUCAACUGAGGAGAGAGUUGAAAUAGAACAAGCAUUUCAUUUGAGCUCAAACCAUAUUUCAAAUUCAAUUAUAAAUACUGAAAAGUAUUUAGGAAUGAGGUGCAAAGAGUUCAGUGUAUGUCGGAAUGCACUUCCUCCUAGAGAGGCUGAUUGGAUGCAUGCUGGAGAGAAAUCUGAUGAGGGCAAUAUAACUGGGAAAUUGUGGAGACAUUGUGAGCAUCUUUAUCAACAUUCUAAGAUUCAUGCUCAGCAGCAGGCUUUUGAAUAUAGUGGACAAUGA